UUGAAGUAAACAAUGUACGGCAAAGCUCACGUACUAUUUUAAGGUGGUGUACGUACUCCGUAUGUCGCAAAAUUUGUUUCUUGUUUCAGAGGUCAUACUAGUGAAACAGGGGAUGAGCGGCUAGCUCACCCCUGGGCGGACAGAGACGGAAAUUCAGCGCGUGCACACUCCCACCUUUAUAUCCCUCUUACAUACAACACAUCAAAGGCUACCGCAGCAGAAUGCUGUGGGGCAAAAGGAAAAAGCAAGCAGCUCGGACGACGAAAUCUGGCAACUGCAGAAUCUACCAGAUCUUCUGGUAGAUGAGAAAAAACCAGCAAAAACAGCAAAACUACCUAACAACCGCGCGAGCGCGGGUGUAUGGAGGAACCACUCCUCCUCACAUAGUCACACUAGUAUCAUUAUUAUCUCACCAUUUCGCACUGCCUGUGGAUAUUGGACUUGAUUUUGUAACCUUUAUUCAUGAUUGUUGCCCUAAGUCUGCCCCUUUUGUAAACCUACCAGUUUAGGUUAUACCUGGCAUCUGAUAGGAACACAACCAAAGGAACAGCCUGAUGCAUUGGUCCGGGAGAGUUGUGUGCGGAAUUAAAAAAUUUAUUUGCAUAUUUUCAUGCUGUUGGGCGUGUACCCCGGUUAUCCCAAAAUGUUACGAAUAUUCCACCUGUGGCCCCACGUACGAAGCCUUGACGAAAGUUCUAACCGAGGCCGAUCGUACUAAGAAAGACGGUAUGGUCUACUUGCCAUUUGUUAGUUCCACAUCUCAGAGCACAGCUCCUGCAAAAAGGGUCACUGCAGUGCCUCCAAAGCCAGAAUCCAUCUUCAUCAUCCCCAUGGAAAAUGUUACUGUCCGCCGGUUCGGUGACGCUAUUUUUAACUGUACAUUUAAUCGAACAUUUCCCUUCGAUGACGCAUGGGAGGACUUUAUGUGGCGGUUUAAUUCCAAGAUCAUUCGUGCUCCGGAAAAGCACCCGUUUCACGGGUUCGAACGGUAUUAUGAUCAACGGCAGGGACGUCUGGGUGGUGCCGAGCACCCUUUAUUUAAUAUAUCCACAACCCGACGUUUGCAGUUAAAUAUAUGGAAAAAUGAGGAUCCGAGGGCAGUACUGUACUGGACCUUUCUUCGACUGCAUAAGGUUGACCUUUACACAUCGGCGCGAGUGGAAUGUUGGGUGCGCACUGAUCCACGUGAUGAGUGGUGGAUGGUGCAAACAGCCUACCUACAUGUCACCUGGCAGACGUCCAUAUAACCGCGCCGGCAAGGGAACGGGUUACGGAGCAUAAUUAUUGUUAUGGCAGUUCACUAUAAUUACCAAGAAUAAUUAUUACAGUAUACUGUAAAAUAAUUAUUCCAUUCGUUGGCUGAAGGCCAGGAUCAUGGUGUUGAAUUAAACGAACAGCUGGUGAAAAACGGUGAUCUGCAAAUCCCAAGAGAAGCGUCAUAAUUUCUAUGCAUUCAAUAAAUUACAUAGAAAUUUAAUAAUGCUAGAAGUAUGCAUAUUUGGUGCAUGGACAGCAUAGUGCAUCUAUGUUCCAUCCACAAAUGAUAGCUGGACACAGUAUU